GGAGAAACCAUGCUGUGUUGAAUGAAGCCUGGAACAGGGAUUCAGCAUAUGUCACUGUGGUGAUCUUCCUGGACCAGGCUUACAACAAGUUACCAGGACAGAAGAGGAUUCCACAUUCAGCACUGUUGACAGCUGCUUUUGAUGUAGAAGGUUGCACUCUCCGCGCCCCUGGCUUCUUGCAGGGAGCCCCACCUUUGUGCACCCCUGCUGUGGACCCUGAGUCGGCACCAUGGAUAGAAGUCUGAGGAACGUCCUGGUGGUGUCCUUUGGAUUCCUGCUCCUCUUCACAGCCUACGGAGGUCUGCAGAACCUGCAGAGCAGCCUCUACAGCGAGGAGGGCCUGGGGGUAGCGGCGCUCAGCACACUCUACGGCAGUGUCCUCCUGUCCUCCAUGCUCCUCCCGCCCAUCCUCAUCAGGAGAUUUGGCUGCAAGUGGACCAUUGUCGGCUCCAUGUGCUGCUACGUGACCUUCUCCCUGGGCAACUUCCACGCCAGCUGGUACACCCUGAUCCCCACCUCCAUAUUGCUGGGGCUAGGGGCUGCCCCCCUGUGGUCAGCGCAGAGCACCUACCUCACGGUCAUGGGGAAUGCACACGCACAGGAAGUGAGCAAGCUCGGCAGGGACGUGGUGAACCAGUACUUUGGCAUCUUCUUUCUCAUAUUCCAGUCCUCUGGGGUGUGGGGCAACUUGAUCUCCUCUCUGGUGUUGGGCCAGACUCCCACUCAAGAGGCCAAACCAGAGGAGAAUUUCGAGUACUGUGGGGCCAAGGACUGCCUGCUGGUCACACUGCCCACCAACAGCACCCACCGCCCCUCCCAGGAGCUGAUCUACACAUUGCUGGGCAUCUAUACUGCGAGUGGUGUCCUGGCAAUCCUGCUGAUAGCCGUGUGUCUGGAAGCCAGAGAGGACAGCGCGUCCCAGGGCGAGGCUGAGACGAAAGCCCCACCCUUCCUGCUCACCUUACUGUCGACCUUCAGGCUCUUUAGGGACAAGCGUCUGUGCCUCUUGGUCCUGCUGCCGACCUACAGUGGACUGCAGCAGGGAUUCCUCUCCGGCGAAUACACCAGGUCCUUCGCCACCUGCGUCCUGGGCAUCCAUUUUGUUGGCUACGUGAUGAUCUGCUUCUCUGCAGCCUCUGCGCUCUGCUCCCUGCUGUUUGGGAAGCUCUCCCAGUACACAGGCAGGAGAGCCAUCUACGUGCUGGGUGCAGCGACCCACCUCUCCUGCAUCCUGGCCCUCCUGCUGUGGCGUCCACGCUCCUCCCAGAUGGCAGUGUUCUUCCUGAUCCCUGGCCUGUGGGGCGUGGGGGAUGCUGUCUGGCAGACGCAGAACAACGCUCUUUACGGCAUUCUCUUUGAGAAGAACAAGGAAGCUGCGUUUGCCAACUACCGCCUGUGGGAGGCCCUGGGGUUCGUCAUGGCCUUUGGCUACAGCUCCUUUCUCUGCGUCAGCGUCAAGCUCUACAUUCUCCUGGGAGUCCUGGUUCUGGCCAUGGUCACCUAUGGGACUGUUGAGUACCUGGAGUCCAGGAGCCCGGUCAACACCCUUCCCCCCAGACAGACCAGCCAAGCUGUGGAAGGAGAGAUGGGGACAGCAGCAGGCCACUGUGAAGGACUUCCAUCGCCCGAGUCCAGAGGGGCGCGACGGGCAGCUGAUGCAGGGUGGGAGGCCUCCUGCGUCCCACUGAGGUGACUCCACAUUCACGUAGCAACACUAGGACGCGCCUCCUGUCCUGAUGCGCGUCCCCCAGAGGCUCUCGUGUCACCAGGAAAGUGACCGGGCAAGCUCUGGACCGUGGGAGUCAUCGGAGUGCUUCCGAAGGGGCAGUGACAGAGGACUCGCCCUGACAGAGCGGGCACACGGUGCCGUCGUGCCGUCCCGGGUGCACCGUCCUGUGUCUCCUCCUUCCGGCCCUGGUGGGUGCUGUCCACAGAUCUUUCUCUGCACUGUCCCUGGUCCUGGUGGCCCCGUGCCCUUCCCUCUGCCCUCUGGAGUCUGUGCUGCGGGCUCUGCGCGGACCUCCGUGCAGACUGCUCACGUCGGCGUCACACCCUGUUGGCAUGAGCAGGGGACCUCGGCUUCCCAGGGUCCGGUGGCCGUCCAGCAGCUGCCUCAGUCGCAAGGGAGAAGGGGCACCAGCAAUUCCAAGAACUUAACGCACUUCCUCCACAGGACCCUGCCUCCCUGGUCCACUGCCCCUGCUCCCGAGCCCUGUGACAGGGGUCGGCCUCUGUCUGCAGGUGACACAGGAGCAGAUGCUGGUGUGGACCUUCCUUCUCCAGCCAGCGUGGCCAAGAGGGCACAGGCAAAUAAACAAGCCCGCACCUGCCACGCUGCUGUCUCGUGGCCUCUGAAGUGUCUCUUUGCCCCAAGCUGAGCUUGGCAUCCUGCCCACCUGCGGAGUUCCCCUGGUCCCCACGUGCGUGAC